AUGGCCUGUCCACCGGAGACAACGGUGGGCGAGGGAGAGAGAGGCGAGUGCGCGGUGUGCCUCGAGGAGUACGAGGCCGGCGACGCGCUGAGGACCAUGCCGUGCGCGCACGGCUUCCAUGAGCGCUGCAUCUUCGGCUGGCUCCUACUCAGCCGCCUCUGUCCGCUCUGCCGCUUCGCGCUGCCGCCUGAGCCCUGA